AUGGAAGGGGGAGCGAUGGAUUACAUCUACACUCACCUGCCGCAGUCGGCGACGACGUCGGCGACGCUCUUCCCCGACGACAUCACCAACUCCAGCUACAAGCGGUUAUUCAACCGCUCCCUCUGCCGGGUGAUCCUCGGCUGCUCCAUCUUGCUCGUGAUCGCCGCGGUGCUCGGGAUCGUCGCCGUCGCCAUCUACCUCGGCAUGAUCACCAAGGACCCAGAAGGCGAGAAAUAUUCGGCGGAAUUCGCCGGGCGUUUCCUGGUUCGAUCGGGGGAUUCCUUCCACGAAUCCCUGCUGGACGAGAAAUCCAGCCACUUCAAGAAGAUGGCGGAACGGUAUCGGAUCAUGCUGUCGGACGCGUUCGAGGCGAGUCAGUUGUCGCCGGGUUUCCAUCACGCGACGGUCGACGCGUUCCGCAACGGGAGUCUCCAAGUCUUUUUCCGGAUCCAUCUGGACCGACGGAAACUCUCCCAGUGA